GAGGAGGAGGAGGAGGAGGAGAAGGAGGAGGAGGAGGAGGGGAAAUACUCGCAGACGAAGGAGGAUGAACAAAAAAGAAUUUUCGUUGGACAGGGCAAGACUGCCUCUGGCCAGGCAGCUCGGUUUUCUCCUACUUCACUACCACCACCUUCGUCCUGGAGAUGCGCCCUAAAGAAAGUAUUCAAACGUGACUGGCCCAAACCAACUAACGGCUCCGUCAGCCACAUAAAGUUGGUGCCAACUGGUGACGCUAAUCUUUCUGGGCGUAACGCGGCAUGGUGCAUGACUCAUCUGUCAAAGGGACUCGGUGUUGGGCCUCCAUUCCUCAACUAUGCCUCCUUCAACUGGACCAAGGAGAGAGUGGAUGGGUGGGCGAGACUCUCCAAAACAGCUUUUCUGCCAAGUAAAAUUCAGGCCAUUCUGGAGGGAACCAGAUCAAACGACUUGCCAACUGUUCACUACUUUUCCGUACCUUGUGCAGUCAGCCUACCAGUACAACUACAAGUGCACGGAAGCAGAUGA